AUGGAAGCAGAAUUGAGAUUACAAGAUAACUUUGAAACCAAUUAUUUCCACUCCAAGAAAAGGUCAAACUCUCACAACAGUUACAAGUAUGAUGACUCAAUGAAUCCACAUAACACAGACGAGGAUGAAGAGCCCUCUCACUUUGAAUGUAUUGAAAAUGCCUCAAAUCUUAUUUCAGGCUCUAGUAUUGAUGAUGACCACCUCAUUCAACAACGCAAGAAACGAAAGAAGACACUUGAAGAGAAUUUGUUAACAGGCUUUUCCAAUUUGUUACAAAAUUUAGAGCCUGACUGUGUCUUGUACAUAUUUCAGUUUUUGAAUUGUACAGGAAAAGAUAAUUGGUUUUGUAACGUUAGAAACAUGUAUGGAAGGUUUAAAAAGAAUAAUCAAAUUUUGCCACUCUUUAGAUACAUUACCAUAGAGCAACAUAGUACGCUCAAGUUAGGAUUUGGAUCUCUCAAAAAUCAUCAAUCAAUGGACUGUAAUAUUCAGAGUUUAUCCAUACAUCGUAAAACCAAUCAGCCACUGGAGUGUGAAAUUGGGUAUAUGAGCAAAGUUGGACGUUCCUUAAAAACCUUCAUUUAUUACAACCAUUGUGGAAAUAACCCAACAUAUCCUUCAUACGCUUUACAGGGAGGUAAUGUUAUCAAUAUUGAUGCCUCAUCCUGCGUCGACACAACAUCUACCAAUUCAAAUAAUACAAAUGGGAAAAGCACAUAUUCAUUCAAUGAUGGCAUGUCAUCAUCGUCAGAGGAUGAAUUGGAGGAAUCAAGUUUUGAAUUGAUCGAAGAUGAAAAUUCUCAUGUGAUCGGACUGAAGAGAAAAUCUCGCUCUGAAGGCUCAUGCUUUUUGAAAGAAAUCUAUAGAAAUUGCAAGGCUCUUGAGAAACUAAAAAUUGUGGACAUGGAAGGUUAUGUACCCAUUAAGGUCUCUCUUCGCUUACCAGCAAGUCCAAAAGGUGCUAGCCCUCCUCUAGCGUUUUCAAAUACUCUACAAAAAAUUAGACUCUUUAAUUGUGUUCUUCCCUCUCAUGCAAUGAGCGUAAUUUGUAAAAUGACACAACUGGAGAGCGUACAUUUUGAAAAAACCUUUGUGAGUGACGUGAAUGAAUAUGAUUCCCUUCUCUCCCUUACCAAACUUAAGGUUCUAAAGUUGCAAGUUGCACAGCUUCCCAAAAAACUCUUGAAAGACAUGCCCACCACAUUCACUUCUCUCGAAAAACUCUUUCUGAACGUUUCACAAAAGACAGAUGCGUACGAUGAAAAAUUUAACGUGGAGUUGUUAACUAAUCUAAAAUCACUGAGUAUCAUUAGCCACUUUAACCUUGAUUUAUUGGCUCUCAUGAAAUUGUACCAGAAUUGA